CGUCUUCAUUUCAGCUCCUGGACAGCUCCCGGAUGAGAUCGCGCACAGAUUCCUGCAUCGCACAAUUCCGAAGGGACAGACAGACACUCCGCUCCUGAAGCUCGGUGGACACCAAAGGUUUGAUUCCGCCCGUCCCGCCAGGAGCUCCUCACUCCCCCGGAAAGCCACAGCAACAGUGCAGCAGCAUGUCUGAAACUAAAUCUAAUCAGCGUUUCCACAGUCUGAACGUUGAGCAGGUCGAAGUCCUCCACCAGGUCUUAUCCGAGGCGGUCCCAAUCCACGGCCGCGGGAACUUCCCCACGUUGGAGCUGCGUCCGCGAGACAUCAUCAUAGCCGUGCGGGCCAGGCUGCAGCAGCAGGGAAUCGCAGUGAGAGAUAUCCGGCUCAACGGCUCCACGGCCAGCCACGUCCUCGUCCGAGACAACGGCACGAGCUACAAGGACCUGGACAUCAUCUUUGGAGUGGAGUUGCCGAGUCAAGAGGAGUUCCAGGUGAUCAAGGAGUCAGUGCUGGGCUGCUUGCUGGACUGCCUACCUGCUGGGGUCAACAGGGAGAGGAUCAGCAGUGCCACAAUGAAGGAGGCCUACGUCCAGAAAAUGGUCAAGGUUUUUAAUGAGCACGACCGCUGGAGCCUCAUUUCCCUCUCAAAUAACAGUGGCAAAAACCUGGAGCUCAAAUUUGUGAGUACGCUCAGGCGGCAAUUUGAGUUCAGCGUUGACUCUUUCCAGAUCAUUCUUGACCGUCUCCUGGAGUGCUACAUGCUUCAGGAGUCCCAGCAAAACCAUAAAACUGUUGAUCUUAAGGGCCAGCCUGCUGAGAAUCAGAAUAAAAACUCUCCCUCUCUGCUCAAGCAGGCCACUGCUCCAGAAACAGAGAAGUCUUCUGGUAGAGUCUUUAUCAACAAAGACCAGGCACAUAUCAGCCAGACACAACAGAGAGACAAGGUGCAUGAAAAGGAGUCCCAGACAGAACUCUCACAAGAAACUUCAAACCAGACAAAACUUUCGGAAGUUGAAAAAGACAAUCAAGUGAAAACCCCUGUUGAAGCAUCAGAACACAAUGAAACCUUUAGUCAGACGGAGAUCUCUGACAAGACAUCUCCGAACCUUCCGUCACAAGAGAGACAACCCUUUGAGAUGGCGGAACCACAGAGUCAGAUUGAGCUCAGACACGACCCAGAGCUCUCCGACGAGACCCAAUGCUCGACAAAGGUAGAACAGUCAGAGCAAACCCAGUCAUGCGAUGACCAGCCGGCAGCGCAUUCAGAUAACAAACCGCUCUCCGUCAAGAAAGAACAACCCGACCACACAAAACUCCCCGAUGAACAGAAAGCACUCACAGAGGAAACGGGGCAGUCUGAACCGCCAGAAACAUCAGACAAAACUCUGACAGAAGAAUGUCACAGUGCAGACUCCAAGUGCUUCAGUGAGGAUCAGAGGAGCGACGAGGAAGAUGAAACAGACCAUGUGACUACUGAAGACUCCAGCACAUCUUCAAAUGCAGAAAAAGACACACUGUUGGCAGAUGAGGGAAAAGUAGAAACAGACAUCGACGAGCGUGCAGGCAGAGAAAAUGAGACGGAAAGAAUCAAGAUGACAGAAGAGACUUUGGGGUCAGAAGCAGAUAACGUAGAAGACACACAGGAUGUUGAUUGUUCCUGCUCCACCUCUUCCAUGUCUGUUACACUUUAUGACACAGACCCCGACACUCACAGCGCAUUACACGCAGAUGAAACCCAGAACACACUUGAUGCCGCCAGCCCUCCAGAUACUCAGGAUAUUGUACCUGCACCACCCGGCCUCGUUCAUGACAAAAAGACCUCCUCCUCUCCUUCCUGUAAAGCCCCAGAGAGACUAUCUAGCAUGGUGGUGCUCAAACACUCCUCUCCAAAACCCCCUCGCAGGAUGUGUAGGAAGGUAAGCCCAAGUCCUGGCCCAGUCUCUGAAAACGAUCCUAUCAUGGCGCCUUGUCUAGAUCCAAACCCCUGCCCUAUCCCUGAACCUGAAAUAGAUUUGAACCCAAAGCCAACAUCUCCCAGUUCAGACCCUACAACUACCCCAACAAUUAGUACAUCUACUAAUAAAAACCCUGGGUCUGAACCCACCCCUUCCUGUAACCUGGAACUUACCUCAAUUAUUGAUCAAGCCCCUGAUAUCAUCACCAUAUCUGCUCCGGAUCCUAUAUCUGGUGUAUCUCAAGAGCCAUCUUCCCCUCAGCUGAUCACAGAGAGCUGGUGUGAGACUCUUCAGAGCCUGAAAGAGACGCUGUCUGCACAUGUGGCCUGUGAUGAGAAAAGCCAGCUCUCCUUGAGCGAAACUGUCCCUGUCCCCGCCACAGAACAAUCAGAGCCUCUUGACUCGGUGGAUGCGUUGGCUUCAUGCACCAAGGCGUCCGGCUUAAACAUCCUAAAACCUGCACAUACCUCAGAUGAUGAACUCAGUGGUGAAGAUGACAACAGGGAAGUGGUGGACUCAGAUGAGCCAAACGGCAGCUUGCAAGAGACCACGCUUGGUUCACUCUCCUCUCCCCACUGUGCGAGCCCCCUUGUAUCCUGUCUGUCCCCUCCUGUGCUGAGUCUAUCCCCUGCCUGCUUCACCUCCUCGCCCCCCAGUCUCAGCCCUCCGCCAUGUCUAACCCCUCCCGCUCACUGCCUCCCAUCCGUGCUGCUGAACACCAUCAACCCCUCCACCAGCAAUAGCUCUCCACCCCUGAGCCCUACCUCGUCUUGCCUCAGCUCACCUCCUUACCUCACCCCUCCUAUGCUGAGCCUCAGCCCACCUCCCCUCUGUCUUAGUCCCCCUUCCCCAUGCCUCAGCCCUCCCCUCCUCUCCCUCACUCCUCCGGUGGAGUCGGAGGACCUGGUACCUCAGGUAUCUUCAGACAUGGAGCCUUUAAUAAUGAACACAGGCAGCGAGAAACAGAUUAAAGAUUCCUCACCUCAGCCAGAAAUUCCUCACCUACAGCUGGAAGAUAAACAGGAGGAAGAUCCUAUCUCGCUGGGACCUCAGGUUGUAGAACCUGUCUCAUUUCCCAUUACAAUCCCAAGCUCUACCCCACGUGUGCCACCUCACUGUCAGUCUGAAGGCCCAGGAGAAUCAACCCCUUCAAAAGCCGAUGAGGCAUCCCACUCUGUGCCUGAGAACAAAGAGGCCCCUGAGGUGACCUCAGUCCUACCCGAACAGAGCUUUACUCUUCAGACUUCUGGCUCAGUCCCUGCUGUCGAGGUCCUGGCAGAGAGCAUGUACGGGGACUUUGAGGCAGCCAUGGACCACCUGCGCUACCGUCUCAUCGCCACCAGGAACCCAGAGGAGAUCCGAGGCGGUGGCCUGCUAAAAUACAGCAACCUGUUGGUCAGGGACUACCGACCAGCCAGCGAGACUCAGAUAAAGACACUUGAGCGCUACAUGUGCUCACGCUUUUUCAUUGACUUCCCUGACGUGCAGGAGCAGCAGAGGAAGAUCCUGUCCUACUUGAAGAACCACUUUAUCGGCGAGGAGAGAAGCAAGUACCAGUACCUAAUGACGCUGCGCCGCGUGGUCGACGACAGCACAGUGUGUCUAAUGGGACACGAGCGACGUCAGACCCUGAACAUGAUCACAGUGCUGGCUCUGAAGGUUCUAGGAGAGCAAAACAUUAUCCCCAACACGGACCACGUGACGUGCUUCUACCAGCCAGCCCCGUACCUGGCGGAUCACAGUGCCCCCUACAUAGCAGAACCUAGCUACUGCAGCUACUACAUCCCCCAAGGGGGAUCAACUCUGCUUUACCAACCGUACCCCCUACACCUGCACUCACAGACUGGACUCGUCUGAGACACACACAUCAUCACACAGAACAUACAAUCAAAACAAAGGAAAGGUGCUUUUCAUGAGGAAAGAGCUGGAGAAUGGAAAUGCAAUCCACUGUUUGGUCUAUAAUAGACCUAUGGGGGUGGGAUGAGUGGGUUUUUACAGUAAACUCCUUGAGUAUUCUGUAAAGUUCUAAUAUGAUUAUAUGUAAUUAUCUGGGCUUUGUGGAAAAAUAAUAUUUUUUCCGAUAUUGUUGAAAUCCCAGAAAAUGCUUUAUGCACGGCAUGAGUCAUAGUCCUUUGGUCUCCAUGGGAAACCAACUGUGCUGUUGACAUUCACACUCACAUUCACAAACAAACACAAAAACACACACACAGACACAAACAACACAGGAAACUCACACUUCCAGGUUCUUCAAUUCUUGUACUUUAUCUUCAUGUUCUUACUGUGUUGUUCUUAAUGCGUUUGUUCAGAAUGUGAAACUUGCCUGUUGUUGAUAUUGUGCAUGGAUAAGUUAGGACUGUUCACUGCCAAAUACUGUGUGACUACUAUGCUUCUUAAACAGUUAAAUGUAACUUAGUUAACUUAAUCCUUUACUGAAAGGGGUGUACUCUGAGAAAAAAAAACACAGAGAGACAGGUUCGCGCUGUGCACAGAGCUUUCAUCAAAACACACACGUACACUCGACACACACACAAACAAAAACACUCUCUGUGUGAGUCUACUCUACGCACACAGACACUGCAUGAGUAGCUAAAUACAGUAUAUAGAUCACUUGAUCUGAAAUCAAAGGAAAGCCUUUUAAUUUAAUAUGAAUUUAUCUAUUUUUGCAAGACUUUCCAAGAUAAUACUCAACAGACUGGUUAGGUCCCACAGAAAAACGCCAACAACAAUGCCUUUGCAAUAGCCUGUACCGCGUAUUGAUUACAGUAUAUUGUGUGCGGAUACACCGCACUGUUUUCAGGUAAACUGUGUUAAACUGUCGUGCUUGAUUCCUUUCCUCUUGUGGAGUCCUUUCUGUAAUCAUGUGAAGUACUGUACUAUCUAGUGUUGAUUUGUUUAAUGCUGAAGUUGACUCUGUGGAGGUGGUCAGGUUACAACCAUCUUUGGGUUAUCUCCAAACAUGGCAGAAGAAGCGCUGUCUGAAACCAAGCGAUCGAAUCCCCAUAUUAACGAGUUCCAAACCACCUCAAACCUGUUUCAAUCAAAGCUGCGCAACAGCAACUGACCAAAGAUCGUUUGGUAGGGAAAUCAAGUGCCUCAAUGUGAGACAUCAUUGGCAUGUCUUUAUCUCACUGGGGGUGUUACUGUGGUGGGCCUGGGGCUGGGUCAGGUGUGUGUUCAGUUGUUGACCCCUGUUAUUGCUGCCUGUUUUGAUGUCUUAUUUAAUGUAGUCCUUUGUUGUAGUUAAUUCGUGUACGUUUUGAUAAAAUAAAGGGGAAACUCAACAAACCUUCA